CUGACAGCGACAGCAGAUGUCAAAUGAAGCUUGCAGCUGUGUGUUUGUUGCAUUGUUUCUAUUGAUAAUUUUCUUAAAAUAAAGUGUAUCUCACCUUUAAAAUCCGCUGAUGUAUAAUCAGCUACCAAUAUUUCUAGUAUUUUGAAUCUUUCCUGCCAAAAUAUAACAUAUUUCGCAAGAUGAACAAGGUAUUUGCCGUCUAUGAAAUAAAUCGCGUAUUAAGUAAGAGUAAGAUUAAUUUCUGCAGAUUUUCUGCUUAAAAUUUUAGAAUGGAUCCAGUAAUAGAUAAUGAGUGGCUUGGUUACAAGAACAUUCCAAUUCAUGAAGCUCAGAAUGUUGGAAAUGUUGCACGAAGUUGGCAGUGGAGGGAGUAUGGCAUUAACCCACCUCAUGCACAGUCCAACAAAACUGUACUUGAAAACAUGGCUGAAGAUAUUCUUGUUCGGAAACCCCUUAAAAUUAGAUGUUGUGACUUACCGGGCUAUCCAAGAUCAACAUUUCUAAUGGUCUUCAGUCCUGAUGGAACAAAAGUGGCUUCUACUCAUGGAAAUCACAAUGUGUAUGUUUCGGAGCUUGCAAGUGGCAAACAUGUGAGAAUAUUGAAGGGCCACCCUCGAACACCCUGGUGCAUCGCAUUCCAUCCUUCACAUCCACAACUAAUAGGUUCUGGUUGUCUUGGAGGACAAGUCAGAGUAUGGGAUAUAUCUAGUGGUGGUAGUGAAGUAUGGAGCGUAAGAAAUGAGACGGUGAUUGCGUCCAUAGCUUUUCACCCUCGUGAACAGCUAUUGGUGAUUGCAACAUAUAAUGAACUUUACUUCUGGGAUUGGAGUCAACCGGCCCCUUUUAAUAAAGUAUCAACUAAUAACAUCAAUGAGAAAGUUCGUUAUGUUGCGUUUGAUGCUCUUGGUUAUAAACUUAUAACGGGCAUAUCUCUUUCGUCCAGCACAAGUGGUGGGCCUCCUACCGUGCUACAACCUAAUGGUACUUGGGGUCCUCCUAACACCACUAAUAAUAAUAGUAGGGAUGACUUUGAUGACAAUCCCAGUAGCUCUAAUAGGCCUCAAGAAAAUCCAGGAUCUGCUCAGGAUAUGAUUGUUAACUCUUACCAAAACUUAGUUCAAAGAUACGAUAGUUUGGUCAGAAAUUAUCAGCGACUGUUUAUGGUGCGGCAUCGACUCAUCAAUAACCCAAAUCCACCAAACAUGAUUGACAGAGGAACGGACCCAAUGGAAACAGAUUUUACGCCUGGUCCGUCUACCUGGACACGUAUGGCUCGACCUUCUACUUCUACAACGACAUUGGAUCAAGGAGAUCCAACACCAGGUCCGUCUCACCGUCAAGAUGUAGCUCAAGAUAAUCCAGACACUGAAGGAAACAGUAGCCGCUUACUUAAUCUCGACGUUUUAUCAUUUGACAGCAAUCCCAAUAGGAAUGAAGAGGUCCAGCCUCAAGAACAUUCCAAUUUUGGUUCCAGAUCAUCCGCAUUUCAACCGUUGACCGAGUCUGGUAGAGCAUUUAGACCAGUUGACCAAAGUGAACGUACAACAAGACUUUUACCCAAUCCAUUUUCGACUUCUAAUGUCCUCCCACAAGCAAAUAGAAAUUCAUUUUCUGAAAAUUCUCGAACCUCCCCUAGAAACCCAAAUAUGAAUACUUCGCGUACUAGCAUAUUUACUUCGUCUCGUCCAGAGCCUUUAAAUAGAGACUUUUCUAGACGCAGACGAAAUUCUUCUCCAUCACAACACACUUCUAAUUUGAGUAGAAGUAGCAGUUCCACAAACGUUAAUAACGAUGGCGCUUCAACUUCGACAGCGCGUCCAUUGUCAAUCCUCUCAAGCUCAAUACUUGAAAAUCUACCUUCAACUUCUCGGACAAAUACCCAGAGGCCGACAAUGACUAAUUCAUCAACUCAGAUGAGCCCUGUAGCUGCUCCAAUGAAUCAAACUAUUAAUGAAAGUCUUAACUUGAUUCGAGAUAUAUUAAGGGACUCUGGCACUCGAUUGUUAAAUUUGAUAACUAAUAUGUCGCUAUCGACACUAGCAAGUGUUGAACGCAACAUACCUCGUCGAGGCGCUGGCUCCCGAGCUCACUCUGAUGAUGGUGAAGGCACUAAUCGAUCACGAGGAAUACGCCCUCGUGUAAGACUUUUCAGCUCCAAUUUUCGAGAUCUUUUUUCUUCCAGUUCGGAUUCGGAUAGCGAUCAGUCACUGGAAGUUAAUAUUUUUAGAACACGGAAUACUACUUUUCAGGAAGGGGAAACUAGAGAGGGUGAGCCAUCCACCAGUACUUCAAAUAAUGAUAAAGUAUCUCAACCCACUGAUCGUAUGGUUUUUGAACUUCUUGAAGAGGCCCGUACAGAACAAGAACCCCGCGAAACAAAUAGAAUCAAUGUAUCAGUCAAUCAGGCAAACAGUAGGUUCCGUGUCAGAACCCAAAAUAGCUCUGCAACUGACGAUCCGCAGCCAUCUACUAGUGCAUCUGCAAGAGCACAAGAUUUAACAGACGAUCGAUCUCAAAAUACUUCUGAAUUCAAUCCUGACCGACCGUCGACAAGUCGUGAUAAUUCAUCGCCAAGAAGUGGUACAAUCCCUCCAGAUGAAGCCUAUAGAAAAGUAAGAGGUGGUGUAGUGGCUUUACAGAAACAUACUAUACAACUCACAAAUAUGUGGUUACGAGGUAAUCCUGUCAGUAUGAGAGAAUUGCGAACUAUGUGGGAAAAUUUAAGAAGGCGUAUAUUAACGUUACAUAGAGAAACAGGUAGGCAGGAUUUACCCAGUUACACAAGAUCAUUUUUAGAACGAUGCAUGAUGCUGAUUGAAAUGUCGGAUAAUAUAACAAGGACUAAUAGACCUACUAGAAAUAAUGCAAGAAACGAAGAAAGUGAUAGACCAGCAGAAGACAACCAAAAUGAAUCGGCAGAUAGAUCUAAUCCUCCAGAAGGUGAAAUUAAUACCACUACAGAUAAUGCCAACGAAUUAAGACCGUUGCACAGAGGUAGAUCUCCGCUAACUAGAUCAACUGGAAUUCGAUCUUCAGCGUCCUUGCGCAGAAGAUUACAAUCUAGUUAUAGAUGGAGGCCGGAAGAUGAAAUUCGUCGUCGUUCAAGAAACCCUAGUUCAAAUCGAUGGGCUCCCCGUUACUCUAAUAGGUCACGAAGAGAUUUUGCACGUGCUAUAGAAUUUAGUGCUACUCGUCUAGAAAUUCGAAUGCGAGCAAUGCAGGUACUAUCUGUAAUGUUCAAAACUAUGAUGAUGUGCCUAAAAGAACGAGGUCUAAGUCAACUCAUUAUAAAUAUGUUGCGAACUCUUAAAAAAGCAUUAGCUCUUACGGGUCUUAUGUUAAUGACAAAUAGAAAUAACAAUAGGGCCAAUAAUAACACAGCACCCCCGCAACGCGUGGAUUCAAUGAACGUAGUUCGUAUUGAAAACGUUGAACAUCCUGGCCCUGUUAAUGUAGAUGAACCAGAUGAAACUUCCUCACCACAUAUUCCUAACGAUCUUGAAAAUGAACGCUUGACCAAUAUUCGGACUGGUCAAAACUUAACUGAAAACGUAACUGUUCCACAAGUUCCGGUAGAAACUGAAAUGCAUUGUGAGGCGUCCACUUCAUCUGCUACCAAUAUACAAAGAUGGAGCAAUCGUCUUGCAGUGCAGAUAGCUGCUGCGAACAGAAAUAAUUCUAUUACUGCUAGAACCAGACGAGAUUUAUAUAUAGAAACAAGACGUCAAAAAGCAUUGCACAGGACCAAUCCGGUCGCUCAUCCAUUAAUUAAGAAAAGAGUUUUACCUCCAGUGUCAACGUAUAGAAUACCAGCUUUGCGUUCGUGGGCCGCUAAAAAUAAAAUUACUAAAACUAGUACAAUUAAUCGAAGGCCCGAACCCAAUGACGAACCAGUAGCAGGCCCGUCAACGGGAUCUCCCUCGAUUGAAAAUCCUAAUCCAGAUUCUCCUAGGUCUGAAGUCAUAAAUGAGUUUGAGCAUAGGGUAAAUUUAUUUAGAAUAGCUCAUAUGCAGGCGAUUAGGUUGAGAAAUGCUGCUCGGAAUAGAUUUCGCCGAUUACAAACAAUACGUCUAUACACGCCAUCAUCUGUAAGAGAGAUGUUCGCUUUCCAAACGAAUAACACUGAUAGUAACCCACCCGGAAAUAGAACUCCGCAUCAGAAUGGAUCUGAGUUAGGUAAUCGUCGUCCGUUUGCUACAUAUCGGCCUCAUAUUUUGACCUCUCGCAGUGAAUCUGCAAACAGAGCAUCGGAGGAACCUGAGCAAUUCCACACAGUUUUAAAUAAUGUUGCCAUGCCGCUGAUGCCAAUGAAUGAUCUUACCUUAAGUCCUGACUCUCCUGGAAACCAACAACAGAGGCUACCACGCAUUCACGAGUACUUGCAGCCUAUCAUUCUUGCACAGAACGCCAUGUUAGUGGAUGACGACGCCGGGCCUGAAGGGGGCGGUGGCGGGGGAAGCGGUAAUGGUAGCGGGGGCGGCGGUGGACCAGGGCCGGGUGCGGGCGGGCCGCGUCGCAUGAGCGGCAUGGCCGGUCUACUAGACGCCGGGAUCAUAUCCGAAGCUCUCCCGGCUCCGUCCCACCGAGUUCAGGCCUGGGACUUCACCACGGGGGACGUGCCCGACAUCGCUGACAGUACGAAGAAUGUUGUCGUGCAAAAGUGCCGCAUCCACAACGACGCCAGCAUUGACAUAUCAAAGGACGGUAGACUUCUGGUGGCGCUCCUGCCCGUACCAAGACUGAGGAACACUAAUCAUUGGCUUGGGGUAUACUCGCUGGAGUGGUCGCGGCUAGGACAGUGUCUGCACACAGCUGUGUUAGAGCAGAGCGCGGUAUCCGUGGCGCUGUCGCCGACGUCGCGCCACCUCGCCGUCGGGCUGGGCUCGCGUCGGUUCACCACCACGCCGCACGGCCGGAGCAACGUGUUCGCGCUGCUCUUCAAGCUGGACCCGCUAGGUACGUGUGACUUUAAACGCCGUCUGUGUGUCUCGCUCGUACACGGCAGUGUUAGAGCAGAGUCGCGCCACCUCGCCGUCGGACUCAGCUCUCGUCGGUUCACCACCACGCCGCACGGCCGGAGCAACGUGUUCGCGCUGCUCUUCAAGCUGGACCCGCUAGAAAAUCCGAGGCGAUCCGGCUUGCUGCCUAUAAAAGAGAUGGAACAGAAUUGGGAGCAUGGAUUCACAAGUUUGAACUGCCUCCGUUGGGCCCCCCAGCCGGGCCAGGGGCUAGUGUAUGCAAACAACACGGGGCAACUCAUAAUAAUGAGUUAAAUGCAAACCAAAUAAGCUAGUUAGCGCUAUGAAUCCAUACUAAUAUAAUAUUACCUAAUCAGCUGGCGUAUUAUGAUACCAUACUAAUAUUAUAAUUGCAAAAUUGUGUCUGUCUGUCUGUUACCUAUUCACGCUUAAACCGCUAAUAUAAUUUCGAUAGAAUUUGGUACAGGCAGUCCUCGACUUACGUCGAACAAUGUUUUGACACUAUUCCUCAAGCAUACGUCAAUUGUUUCGAUUUCCGGCACUGGAGAAUUCACUUGACGCGAGGUCAAUGUCCGUGGGGCUGGCGUUCGUGGGAAUGUCUCGACUUACAUCGUUUCGCUUUACGUCGCGUAUUUCGAGAACCUAACAUGCCGUAAGUACGAGGACUGCCUGCAUUAGUAUUUGGAUAGUUUGAGUCCCAGUAAAGGACAUAAAUACUCCUGAAAAAGGGUGAAAACGGGGAAAGGAAUUUUGUAUGGGAAACCUAUGUUUUCACGCGGACGUAGUCGCGGGCAACCACUAGUUAUAAGUGCAUUAAAUGACAGGUAAGUGCGCUUUCUCCGUAGCGCGACUCCUAUUUUAUUAUUAAACUUCUUUGUAGCGAUGUUUCAAUGAUGUGUUCGGUAUGAAGUGAGCUGUAAUUUGACACGAUAGUGAACGAUACGGAAUGAAGUUGCUCCGUGGUCACAAGACAGAGUGUGGUCAUACGUCAAUUGUCAUUUAAAAUUAAGAUAAUGCGUUUUAUAAAUGUGUAAAUGUAAAAAGCAUAAGAAACAGUAAUAUAAUAAGUCAUCACGAGAAACUAUAAAUAAUUAUAUACGAAAAUUUACAUGACUAUUCAAAAAAAAUAUGAUUGCGCUUUUGGAACAGAAUGAAAUGUUUAAUCAAAUCACGAAAGCUCUUUUUAUGGCAAAAAUAUCCCGAAUUAUUGAGACCUCUCUUUAGUUUCGUAUCACCAUAUUUUACUUUAAGUAUAAAGAAUGAAUUAGCUCAACUCAUUAUUGACAAUUUACUGUCGCUAAUUGAUUGUGAGUUAAAAGUUUUCUCAAAUAAUGAUUUAUAGAUUUUCGUGUCAACGCCCCGUAAUUUAUUACUUGGUAUUUUUUUUACAUGGAGGGUUCUUUUAUAAUCAAUAUACAGCGUGUUCAAGAUCUUGUGGCGAUUGGCUCAAAUCAGAGCUAAGAAAGGUAUAAAUAAGCAUUUCGUUUAUAGAUGAAGGUGUACAGGGUGUCCCAAAAAGUAGUGUCAAGCGGUAGUCCCGGGAUAGAACACCCCUUGGGGAAUCCGAAAUACCCCCAUGUAUGUUCCGCGAUUUUUUAUAGUUCGCGAGUUAUGAAUUUUUUACUAAAAUUUUGAGAAUUAAUGACCUAAACAACUUGAAAAUUUAAUAAAAAAAAUUGGAUAAGUCUUUUCAGAGAUAUUUUUUUUGCAACUCAAUUUAUAUGAAUUGUACUUAAAUGACUAAUACCUUUGUCUUUGUAACUAUGAUGGAAGUUUAAAAAAUGAUGGUGCAAAGUGCAAAAAUUAUGGUCAGUGAAUUAUGUCUUAAGAUUUCAACUUUAAAUUUAAAAUCUUAAUAGGUAGUUUCAUAGCUCCUAAGUAAGUUUAAAAACUGCGCCAAACUCUCAGCUUCCAUAAUCAUUUAAAAAAAGUAGUACUUAAAGGGCUACUUUUGCUAAAAUCGGACUUCAAAAACAGUGAGGUGGAAAAAUCUUAAAAUUAGCGAUUUGGUAUCGAAGUUUUUUCAUCAUUCCUAAAGUUAAUUAGAUUGUUAA